AUGGGAUAGUAUUUCCAUAUUCAAACGACAAAAUGUCUAAUUCAGUUUGUACAUCAAGCAUGAAGCAAAACUCGAUUUACUACGCUUUUUAAAUACUGUAGAGCCAUAUACGUCAUAUCGUGUGUGUUAACAGAAGUGUUAAGCGCUAAAAGCCUAGCAAAUCGCUUCGCGGAAUUACUUACUUUAAAACAUAACAGACGUGUUUGAUUCGUAUUAUUCGCUAAAUUACUUUCUGAGUACAUAUUAGAUUAGGAACUCACGGAUGUAUUUACCCGGAACACACAAGAGGUCAUGUGACAAAGAUCGUAUAUGAUACAAUAUAGGCGCCAUGGUAUUAUAUUGUUCCUGUGUAUCAUCUUUUCCUGGAGACAAAUAUUCCAGGUUUUUCGGUAGUGUCCCAUUGAAAUGUCGAAGCCGCCGGAAACGAUAUAACUUCCAGAAUACUACUAAGGGUCUUUUUCACAAUGUCGGUUCACAAUGUACCAAGAGAAGCUAUGGCUGGUACUGCCAUACUCGGUGUUGCUCUUGUGACUGGGUACUACAUAGGGAAAACCAGAACUGUCUCUUCCAGAAUGGACCUUUUUAAAAGCCACAGUGGAGCUAAAGACAACCCAUUGAUGUUGUACGUGUUGAAUCAUUCUUUGCGAGAACACCCAGCUUUGACAAAGCUCCGACAGAAGACACUUGAAGAUCCCUAUAACUAUAUGAUGGUUGCAUGCGAGCAGGCUCAGCUGAUGGCCAACCUAGCAAAGCUGAUCAAGGCCAAAAAAGCCAUCGAGAUAGGUGUGUACACUGGAUACAAUGCACUUAGUCUGGCACUGGCUUUGCCCGAAGAUGGCCGGGUUGUGGCAUGUGAUGUAGAGGAAAAGUAUACUGAUGUGGGAAAGCCCUUCUGGGAAGAGGCUGGAGUUCAGCACAAAAUCGAUCUCCGCAUACAGCCAGCCCUGAAUACACUCGAUGAUCUCCUAGCGGCUGGCGAAGCUGAAACCUUUGACUUCGCCUUUAUCGACGCUGACAAAGUAAAUUAUGACAACUAUUACGAAAGAUCCCUUCAACUUGUGCGGAAAGGAGGGAUUAUAGCAAUUGAUAAUGUUCUGUGGAGUGGGAAGGUUAUCAACCCAGCUCAGGAUGACAUGAACACACAAGCGAUUGACAAGCUUAAUAAGAAGAUAUACAGAGAUACCCGAGUCAAUUUGAGCAUGCUGACUAUAGGAGAUGGAGUGACGCUGGCUUUUAAAAUAUAACCAGAAGAGUAAACACUGAAGAGUAUAGCGAUCAGACUGCAUAGAAUUUACCUUUAACAUCCCAUUGGGCAGAACUAUAAAUUAAGUUAACGAUGUCUGAGGAAUCAAGGAAUGUGUGUGUUUUUUGUCUUCACAUAUUUCUCCCAUUGCUAAUUAUUCCCAGGCAUUGUUGCAGCACUAUGUAAUGCAUACCUUAAAAGUGAACUCAAAUAACACUUCACCAGUCAACACCAAAUUAAAUGUUAUGUCAAAUAAUAGCCUGUUACUCCGCUCUAAAUCAGUUUAACCUUAGGAAAGACAAGGAAAACAACCACUCCAACAUCUGAACACUAAAACAUCUGAGACUCCACCCAUCAAAGCAGAAUAAAAACAACGAAGAAUGAGCUGAUGAAAAGGAUAAACGGGAGACACAACAGCAUAUUAUACUUAAAAAUGUAUGAUUUACUGUGCUGAGAUGCAUUGCAGAAGUGAAUUAGGUUUUGAGGCCAAUGUAGGUACUUUAGUAAUCACUACCUAGUUUACAAAGCAACAAAACACGAGAUCUGCACAGGGUUUUCAGGUGUAACGUAAUGCUUAUCUUUAGUCACUUUAUAGACAGUAGGUUUAAAUAAAUGCUACAUUUUCACAUGUAUUUUGAAAAUAAAGCAUGGCAACAUCCAA